GUGUUACUAAUUUAUUUUAUACCAUUAUCGAUGGUGAUAAUUAUCUUGCGUUGGUAGUAUUGGAUAAAGCUGGUGUAUUGUAUUACGCGUCGUUAGGUAGUUCUAAAGUUAGUUUAAUCCCACUUAUGAUGAAAGAUUUCAAACUGAUUAAAGGUUAUCGAUUAAAUUCAUUAUCAGCUGCUUCAGAUCUGAUCUUGAAUAAGGAAAGUAAAAGUUUGAUUGAUAAUACCAUCCAUGAAUUCGCGUUAUUAAUGACUUCUGAUAAAUUGCAACCUAAUAAAAUCAAAUAUGCUUUCAUAUUUGGAACCUCACUUCAAAGGAAAGUGUGGAAUCAUUUGAUUAAUAUCCCAUUAGGUUCAGUUAGUGAUUAUUCUACAGUGGCAAAAGAGUUGAAUAUGCCUAUUCUGUCUUCUAGAGCUAUUGGAAAUUGUGUUGGUUCAAAUAGAAUAGCUAUAAUAGUUCCGUGUCAUCGAGUUUUAAGUAAACUGAAAACUUUAAAUGGUUAUCGAUAUGGGCUUAAGAUUAAGAAAGAUCUUUUACAAGCAGAGUUAGGUAGUAAUUAUGGUAAAUAUGUCAAGGGUUAAUUAAGUAGGUACGGUUAUUUUUUUAGUUGUUUAUAUGUGUGA